AUGACCGAGAAAUCAUCAUUAAAUAGUUUAAUUAUACUACCAGAUAUAGAACCUGGUGUGAUAGAUAAUGCGAUGCUAACUCGUUGCAUUUUGGAAUAUGGACCCAAGGAAGAAGCAGGAAGAUUAUUCGCAGAAGAAGGUGUUCAUUUAGACGAAGCACUCGUAGUACGACUUGAGUUUCAAAAUAUUUUAAGAAUUGAUCAUCUAUGGAUGCUUAAGUCAUUGAGAAAGUUAACCCUAGCACAUAAUCUAAUAGAAAAGAUUGAACAUUUGGAGCUUUUAACUGGUCUCAAUGAAUUGGAUUUAUCAUUUAAUAAAAUUGAGAAAAUAGAAAAUUUAGACACUCUCGUUAAUUUAGAAGUUUUGACAUUAUUUCACAAUAGAAUAAGAAAACUGGAGAAUAUGGAAACUCUCCAAGAUUUAUUGGUGUUUAGUAUUGGUGACAAUCUCAUUGAAGAUUAUAAGGAGAUGGCAUACGUGAGGCGUUUUCGAAAACUAAGAUCGGUGAGUUUUAAGGGCAAUCCGUGUUGUGACGACCCUAUGACUUACCAGUUCUUAAAAUCUGCUCUCACCAGAGUAACAUAUUUAGAUUAUAAAUUAGUGACCGAAGAAGAAAGGGAAGCUGGCGUUGGAUUUUUCCGAGGCCUUCUGAGAAAAUUAGAUGAAUCAGAUGAAAAAGCUGAAAAAGAAAGAAUAGCUAAGGAGGAGUACGAUGCUAGAGUCAAAUUUUAUGCCCUUUCUUUUGUGGAAUAUUUAAGUGGACCAGAGCUUUUAGAGUCAAUGUUCGAAAAAGAUCCAGAUGGAACUUUAUUAUUGAAAGUUGGCGGAGAGCUAAUAGGAUUUUUUGAUCAGUACAAGGAACAAUACGUCGAAACCAUGGCUGACUUAGUCGAGUUUGCUCAAGAAGCAUACAAUGCGAGACAACAUGAAAUUAAACUAUUCAAAGAUCUCGUUGACAAUGCUCUGGCGGAGAGUGUACAGAAAAGCAAAGAAGUGGUUUUUGAAUUUGAAGAAAAAAAGAAACCUUUGGUGGAACAAAUGAAUCAGAUUAUAGGAAAAUUUACGGCCAAACAGGCUACAAUGGAGCAAUUAGAACCCAACAUUAUAGAUGCGGGCGAAGCGUUUAACGAUCUUAUUUAUGACCUAUGGAAAAAACUGAUGACCCUCGAGAUGCAACUCUAUGAACAAUGCGAGGAAUCCCGGGUUCAAUUCGCUGUGAACAUGACGGAGAUGAUAACAAAACUGCUCGAAGUUUCGAGAAAUGCGUUCGGAGCGUGGCGCGAACACGAGGGCAUGUGGUCCAUGCGUCAGUUCGAGACGCUAUCCAAGCUGUUAGGAAACAAAGUUAUGCUCGGAGACGCACCACCGGAGCUGUUUGAGAUUAUGAUGGAUAGAGAUCAAAUGAUGAAUCUUGUUGCUCAAUCGUCGGACAAUCACAUGAGGUUCAUCGAUGCAAGGGAGGAUCUUCUCAUGUCUCGUGCUAAUUCCUGGAGAGAUGAAUUAGUACAAGGCACCAACGACAAUGAGAUAAAGAGAAAUAGGGAUAGAAUUUUGGAAAUUUAUUAUUUCAUUGACAAUCAGCGAGAAGAAUGGACGGACAUGCAAAUGAGCAUGACAGUAACAGUGGACCCAGAAACAGCUGCGCUGUUGGGAGAUGAUUUUUGA